AGCCCCCUACGUUAGCAGCGCAACAAAGAAUGGAAAUUGGAUAAAACUACCAGUCAAAGUUGCAAUGUAGUAAUGGUAGUAUUAGGAGCUCAAUUACAAAAUCUCCAACUCCAAGGAAGUCAUAUCUCUAAACUUUUGCAAUCUGAUCAAAGCGUUCAAUGGCAAGACCUGGUAACAAGAUCAUACAAGCCAAGCUGGUGGAUUUUGCAGGUGCUUCUAGGGGACAUGGGAACUGGCAAAACCAGCUUGGUACUAAGAUUUGUCAAAGGCCAGUUUUUGGAUCACCAGGAACCAACAAUUGGAGCAGCCUUUUUCACUCAGAUAUUAUCAGUAACUGAAGCCACCGUAAAGUUUGACAUUUGGGAUACAGCAGGACAAGAAAGAUACCAUAGUUUAGCUCCUAUGUACUAUAGAGGUGCAGCAGCAGCUGUUGUUGUUUAUGACAUCUCAAGCAUGGACACAUUUGUACGAGCAAAGAAAUGGGUUCAAGAACUACAAAGACAAGGAAAUGCAAAUUUAGUGAUGGCUCUGGUGGCAAACAAGUCCGACUUGGACUCCAAGAGAGAGGUUGAAAAUGAGGAUGGAGAACAGUUUGCUCAAGAAAAUGGAAUGUUUUUCAUGGAAACAUCUGCAAAAACUGCACAGAAUGUCAACGAGCUUUUCUAUGAAAUAGCAAAGAAGCUGGCAAGAGCUUGCCCUCCAAAGCCAUCAGGGAUAAAUCUACACAAUGAAAGACAGGAAAGAAGAGGAAAGCGAUUUUGUUGCAUAGGUUGAAAGUCAUACCAUCUCAAGAUUUCAAGUGUAACCCAUUUGAUCUCAACCCUGUCGAGUGUUCCAGAGCUCUAUGCUAUUUCUUAUUUCAAGUGCCAGAUAGCUGAUUCGGAGCUAUUCUGCAAAUUACUAUAAUAAUUGUAAAUAGAUUGCUCAUAUGCUAUCAAAAUAACUGUAAAUGACUAAAUACUGGAACAAGGAAUAUUGCUUCCUGAUUUGUAUAGAUGCUUAUGGAGUUUUACCAA